UUAAAAAACUGAAGCUGUCAAAAGCUUUAAGCCUUCCUUAUGUUAAAUAAACAGCAAGUCAGAAAUGUGUGCUCAAGUCAUGAUUAAGUUGUUUAUGUUUUUAAUUACAUUGAGUUCUCUAGCUGCGUACAGAGUUAACACAUGUUCUGUUUCUCGAGUUUCUCCGUUUUUAUUAUUACAAGGUAAACUUUGUUACAGCAGACACAGUCCAAAACAGUUAAAAAAUACAAUGGGAAAAAUUCUUCACUGGAUAAAAGAUGUUAACCAGAUGGACAUGAAAGAUAUUACACAGCUCAAAAACGAUGUUAGCAAACACGGGGUUGUAGUAAUUAAAAAUCAAAACCUUACUAGAAAUCAACAAGAGGUAUUUACAGCUAGACUAGGCAAAACAAUUAUACUUCCAUCUUCUUUUCAAGGAAAUAAUAGCUAUUUGGGCCACCCUGCUAUUGCGGUUGUUUCAAAUUACUGGCUAAAUGGUUCAUGGAAAGGACCUCAGCACAGCUUCGGACAGUAUUGGCACAAAGAUGGAGACUAUUUUCCUUAUCCGAAUAAUUUUAUAUUUUCUAUCCUUUAUGGUGACGAAAUAUCAGCUUUUUUAGAAGGAGGUGACACUGGCUUUAUAGAUGGUUGUUUAGCUGCAGAAAAUGCGCCUCAAUCAAUUUUAGAUGUUCUCAAUAGCACUAAAAUUAUUGUGAAGGUUAGUUUUAUUGACGAUUUUCGUAACGGAUUAAAGGAUCAUUUAGAACUAUAUGCAACAGUUAAACAUAAUUUUAUAUCUAAACAUCCUCUUAAUAAGCGAGAUUGCGUAUUUAUGUUUAAAGUUGCUAAGGAACAGGAAUUGCUUUAUACACAAGAAGAACUGCGUGCAUUCGAUGAAAUGUGGAAGUAUAUGUUGCAAGAUAAGUUUUUUUAUUUUCAUAAAUGGAGCCAGUCAGACAUUUUGAUUUGGGAUAAUACGGCGGUUUUCCAUAGGGCUAUGCCAAUUGUUGAUAAAGGAGAAAAAAGAAUUAUGUACCGGACAAUGGUCAGAAUUGAAGUUUAAUCUCACUAUCAAUGGACCUCACGCCAACUUUUUUAUUAAAUUUAAAUAAAAGUUUUUAUAUUUUUAGUAA